CUCGGAUCAUAUUGCAUGCAUUUCUCACGAAUAACAGCCUGCCAUCUUUUUUUCUCUGCCUGCUUUUCAUCAUUCUCCUUGACUUCAAACUGAUUGUUGCCACUUACACUCGCUACAUAUUUUGUCCUUUAAAACCAGUUCCGUUAUAUUGCAUUACGACACCAUCCCCUCUCACCUACUCACGAACGCCCCUCGAUUCACCACAGACAGUACCAUUCAACGUCACGACCACGGACAAAUUCCCUCGCUGUACUCGUCCGGAGUCGACCAAAAUAACCUGCGAUCGCUCGCUGACAUAACAACGCUUGGUCCAGCCAGCACGGCUAUCAACACUGUUGGACCGCGUUCAGAUCCGUGGCCCGUGUGUUCAACAUUGCUAUUCUCGUCGUCGACGCCAAAACCUCUCGCGACGUGUAAGGACCAUGCCAUGUACCUCGAAUCAUGGGAUUUCUGCUGACCACAUUCUCAUGCAGCUUCCCGUUCGCGAGCCGAAUUCUUCCCAUGAUCUUGCCUUAGACCCAACAUUGCAUAAUCCAGGGCAACAAUUCCUCCCUGCUCCGUUAACACCCCCCUCUGGACAAUCGACCACUCCUUUAGCCUGCCCGGUCGUGUACCUCGCGACCGGUCGAAACUACCUCCAUGCCAAUCAAAUUGCCCAAGGGUUUCCAAAGAAGAAAAUCCUCAGGAAAUGCUUUGGACGAGAUAGAACACCCCUCCGCAUCUGGCUCUGGGUCGUCCUUCAGAGUCCUGGAGAGGCCAGCGAGCAAGGGCAAGUCCUUCGAUGGAGGCGUCUCCUUGAAAAAGGGCGGGUCACCCGUCCCCAGACCCCCUCCGAAAGAUGGAUCUGGCUACGAGGAGGACGAUGGGUUUGCAACUGGUCAUCUGGACGUGGGCAAUCGUGGUAGUGCCGGUACCCACGGUUCUCAUUCGACCACCCACCUCGACAGUGCUGCCUCCUCUGCCCGUCUGAGCACCUCUUCGACGAACCCAUCCUCCAUCGACACCCCUUCGGAUAAGAACGUACAAGUGCCAGGCUCGAAACCAUACAAUGACAUUCCUGUCCCACCGCAGUCAUCGGCUCGCCACGGUUUCCUGCGCAGUCCACCGAGAGCUCUUUCUUUCGGCGUUAUCAAGGGCAGCCGCUCGUCGCCAGUUUCAACACCGGGCGAUCUUCCUCUACCAGACAACAGCCGAAGUAGGGCGGUCACAACAAGUUCACAAAGCACUGCGACUCCACCCAGGCUGUUUGACUCUGACCUGGCAUUGGAAAAUUCCGAGUUGGAUGGGUUCGGUAACAUGUUUGACCAUAUUGGGUCUAGUCCUGCCUCAGGUCCGGUGAGACUUAUCCAGCAAGAGGAGCCAACUUCCUUACCCACAGCCUAUCCUCCCACGAGUUUUCCCAGUGCAAACAUGGACCGCCCCAAGAGAGCUCCAGCACCUCGGCCCAUCCAGAUCGAUCGUACACAAGUUAUUGACUCCUCGCCUUACUCAUGGACGUCAAAUAAUUCUCGCGAUGGCCUCAUUCGCUCCCCAAGUCCUUCGAAGACAAUCACCCAGGGCAGUCCUGUCCAGUCGAGAGAAAGAGUAGUGCAAAGUCCUCAAAAGCAACUUUCACAUAGUAAAAUGCCGUCCAGGAGACCUGUGGGCCCCAGAGCCCCAUCUCAAGAUCACAGCAUCCAAUCUCCACCGCCACUGUUGCAAGCAAAGUCGACAGACAGCAAUAGCAAUCUACUUUCAACGAGUCCGACCACGUCACCAGAUAAAACAGGGGGAGGAUUGUCUCCAAGCUCGACGCACAGUGCAACCUUUGAUCCCACCAUUGCUGCCGAUGCUCAGCUUGCCCAUAUGUACCAGGAGACUCCGGUAGCACCUCCCAAACCGGUUUCUACGAACAAAGUCAUGACUCCUGCUCAGUGGGAACGAUACAAGCAACAGAAGGAGAUGGACCGUCGGCUUGGGGCUUUGUCGGACGACAGCAGUUCAGAAGGUGAAGAUGAUGAAGAUGAGGACGAGGUGGAACGUGACCGUCAGGUUGCCAAACAACGACGAAAGCAAGAGGCGCAUCUAGCUGUCUACCGCCAACAAAUGAUGAAGGUUACUGGUGAGAAUUCACAGUCUCGUCCGGAAAGUAGCCUCAGUGUUUUACGGCCUGGCUCAACUGAUAUCAACCAUCGACUUUCAAGCAUGACCCUGGACCCGAAGGUAACUGGAUCUGGCAUUGGAGAAGAUGAGGAUGAGGACGAGGAUGUUCCGCUUGGUAUUUUGGCGGCGCAUGGCUUUCCCAAUAAGAACCGGCCACCUACACGACUAGCAACUUCCCCCUCAAACUCGAACAUGCGAAUUGUCGGCCAAAGUCCAACAGCGCCCAGCGUUGUAAGUCAGACACCCAAACCUGGAGGCAAUCUUCCGGUCUUUGCGCGACACCUCCCACAGGAUCCGUACUACGGCGCGAGUCUCGUCAAUCAAUCGAAUCGUGAAUCUCUUUCCAUCCACGCUGCUAGUCCACCUCCACAAGGGGCUGGACCAUCUACAAGCCAUCCCAUCCAUCCUGCAGGACUCGUAGGUGUCAUAGCAGGCGAAGAACGAGCUCGCGCUGCUAGGCGAGGCAGUCCAAAUCCUUCUGGGAACUACGAAAUGCCUGGCAUGCCCAUAAACCCGGGAAUGGUCAGGUCGCAGACUGCGGGCGCCAUGCCGAUGAAUUAUCCUCCAAUGGGUAUGCCCGGGAUGCCUCCCAUGCUAACUCCGGGCGACCAGGCUCAAAUGCAAAUGUCACAGCAGAUGAACCAGAUGAUGCAAAUGCAAAUGCAGUGGAUGCAGCAAAUGCAGCAGAUGAUGGGCGGUCAGUUCAAUCCGAACCAGUUCAUGCCGUCUCAGGCUGGCCCGCCACGGCCACAGUCAGCCCACAUGCAAACUCGACCCGGUUCUGAAGGGGUCCAGAGGACGAUGAGUAAUCUUGACCCUAGCAUGGCUCCGUGGAGCCUCAAUCAACAGUAUCUACCUUCGAUUAAUGUCACCGGCAACUAUGCACCUUCAAUGGCGCCGUCCGAGCGAAGCAAUAUAGGACUGGCCUCUAGGUACCGUCCGGUCUCCAUUGCCCCGGAUAGCGACGCUGCUUCCACCAGACGGGCUUCAACAUUCACAUCUUCCACUUUCCAACCUUGGAAUCAGAACAGCAGCACGCCUCGCGCGUCUACCCAUGCCGCCAAACCGUCAAUCAAUACAUUGGGUCGAAAAUCACCCUUGGCACUUCAAGAUGACGAAGAUGAUGAGCAAGGUUGGGCAGAGAUGAAGAAGAAAAAAGACAAAAAGCAGAAAAGCUGGGCCCUUCGUAAGGGCAACAAUGCUUUACAAGAGUUGUAUAAUAGCGCGGCAUAGUGUGCUCCUUCGCAUCACGACCAUACACCACCAUUCUGGGAUAUACCGGAGAUGGCCAUUCUCAUGAUCAGCGAUUUUCAAGUAGAUAAUGAGCGGCAUGUUUUUUUAUUUUCGCUCUGAAAAACGGGUUGACCUGGAGGAUAAGAGGAAAAGUGCUUUGUGUAAUUGGUACAGGUGGAGGAUUUAUGGUGUUUUUCGCAUAUACAGGAAGAUGAAGAUGUUCUAGGAUCUACAUAAUACAUACUCGGCAUUGGGCCAUAUUGUAACUACCUAGGUACAGAACGAUAUACUCUGUAUAGGUGCCUCAACUAGUGUGACACCUCAACUCAAGAUGUAUUUACUGUAC